GGAAAUCAAGUAAGAAAAUAGACGAGAUAUUGUGAUGAUGAUGCAGAUGGAGAGAUCAAGCAGCAGCAGGCCGCCUUAUUUGGAUGAAUUUGAGAAACUUCUUGUUCGAAUCAACACCCCAAGGGUCAUGAUCGAUAAUGCUGGUUGUCUAAACGCCACCCUCGUCAUGAUUGAUAGUGCAAGAAAAGACGGAAUACUUGUAGAGGCGGUUCAAGUUCUAAGCGAUCUCAAUCUUGUAAUUAAAAAAGGUUAUGUUUCUUCUGAUGGAUAAAGGUGGAACAUGGAUGUCUUCCAUGUUACUAAUUUGGAUGGUAACAAAUUAAGCAUCAUUACCUGCAUUCAACAGUCACUGGGAUCAAUCCGCAACACAAGAUGUAAAUCAUUAGAUGGAAUGACAGCAAUUGAGGUAACCGGUAGCAACAGAGUUGGCCUUUUAUCGGAGGUAUUUGCAGUGCUAUACGAUCUCAAGUGUGAUGUGGUAGAAGCCAAAGUAUGGACACACAAUGGUAGGAUGGCGGCCCUCAUUUACCUAAAAGAAUCGAUUAUUGUGGGGGAUUCUCUAACAACAUUGGAAGCUCGUUUAAUUAGAAACGUCCUUCAAGGGGAUAAUACAUCAUCGGUUUCGAUAGUAAUGAAGGCAAGCAGUACUCAUACAGAAAGACGGCUUCAUGCAUCAGAUGAUGGUGAUGAUGUCUGCAGAUGAGAGAUUUGUGUUCAAAAUUGCUUGGAGAAAGGGUACUCUGUUGUGAACCUAAGUUGCAAGGAUCGGCCGAAGCUGUUAUUUGACGUGAUUUGUACCUUGACAGAUCUGCAAUAUGUAGUCUUUCAUGCCACCAUUGAUACCACAGAUGAUGAUGAUAAUGAUGAUCACGGUGCCUAUCUGGAAUUCUUUAUUAGACACGCAGAUGGAACCCCAAUCAGCUCGGAAGCUGAAAAGCAACGGGUAACUCUUUGCUUGAGGGCUGCCAUCCAAAGAAGAGCAUCCCAGGGUGUUCGACUUGAGCUAUGCAAGGCGGAUAAGCCAGGAUUAUUAGCAGAAUUAACACGAACAUCUAGAGAAAACGCCUUAAAUGUGACACGUGUUGAGAUAUCUACAACAAUGGGUACGGCAAUGGGCGUAUUCUACGUCACGGAUGAUUUAGGUAACAACGUGAGUUCAAAAAUCAUAGAAUCAGUUCGACAAAGAAUCGGGUCAGAUUACCUAAGAGUAAAGGAACUGCCAAUAGCAUCACGCACCAAGAAGAAGAAUCAUGAAAAAGCAGCUGAUGGGACCGUUUUGUUAUCACUUGGAAGCUUGUUAAGAAAGAACCUUUACAACUUAGGGUGGAUCAAGUCAUAUUCUUAAAAAACACACACAAAAGGGGGUGGGGGAUUUUAUUUAAAUAUUUGUUUAGGG